GUUCCACCAAAAUUCGAAUCUAUUUGGUUCGCGAUAUUGACCUGGCCCUGCCUUGGCGCCCAUGAAUUCAUCGUUGCCAGUGCAUGCCCCCUCCUGCACACCAUCAAACACCACCCCACACGCAUCUUGCCUCCCUCAGGGCAUCCGACCAAGAUGCUCCCCCGCCUAGCCACGGUCCUCCUCUCCGCCCUCGGCGCGAGCGCAUCCGUGCUGCCGACCACGACGACGCGCGACCUCGCCUCCCGCGCCGCCCCCGUCGCGUCCCUCUGCACGCAGUACGCGUACCUCAAGACCAACGGCUACGAGAUCCUCAACAACCUGUGGGGGAUCGACACGGCGACGGGCGGCGGCUCGCAGUGCACCUACUACAACGGCGCCGUGGGGCCCGCGGUGGCCUUCAGUUCGGACUGGACGUGGCGCGGCAACGACAACACGGUCAAGAGCUACGUCUACGCGAACCGCGUGUUUGAGCGCAGGCUGGUCGGCGACAUCAAGAGCCUGCCGACGUCGGUGCAGUGGUCGUACAACACGACCAACGUCCGCGCCAACGUCGCGUAUGAUAUUUUUACGCACACGGACGUCAAUCAUCCCAACUCGAGUGGUGAUUUUGAGCUCAUGAUUUGGCUGCAGCGCUAUGGAGGCAUCUGGCCCAUCACGGAAUCGUCGACGGGCUCCCCGGUCGAGCGGGUGACCAUCGCUGGGUACACCUGGGAGCUGUUCACGGGCUGGAAUGGCGCCAUGCGCGUCUACAGCUUCUUGCCGCCGAGCGGGACAUCGUACAACUCGUUCUCUGCCGACGUCAAGCUUUUCUUUGACUACCUGGGUCAGAAAUACGCAUUCCCUGCGAGCGAGCAGUACAUGCUGAUUUACAACUUUGGCACCGAGGCCUUUACUGGCGGCCCUGCUCAUUUCGACGUUUCUCGUUUCCAGGCGGAGGUUCAGGUUUGAGUUUGGUAAAAUUAAACGGUAGAAAACGUGGAAGAUUCAAAGCGGUUUGGUUUGCGCGGACACAUGUUGGAUGUAGACAGAUGCGCUGUACUACCUAGGUACCUAUGCAAACUAGAGUUACAGUAGUCUAGUUCUAUUUCUAGACCUAUGACACAGAAUGUCGCCAUGGCAAACCUCA